CCCCUACUUCCUCUGGGCAGGACUUCCCAGCUCUAUAAAGGGACUCUUGCUGACAAUGCAGCCAUCCACCAGCCACCUGGUCUUCAUCUGCGUUGGAGCAUCUGAUUCCCUGAGAUCCAGAAAGGAUGUCCUACCAGUAUCAGGAACAGUGCAAACAGCCUUGCCAGCCUCCUCCCAAAUGCCCACAGCCUUGCCAGCCCAAGUGCCCUGAGCCAUGCCCUCCCAAGUGCCCACAGCCUUGUCAGCCCAAGUGCCCUGAGCCAUGCCCUCCCAAAUGCCCAGAGCCAUGUCUUCCCAAGUGCCCAGAACCAUGUCUUCCCAAGUGCCCAAAGCCAAGUCCACCACAGCAGUGCCAGCAGAAAUGCCCCCCGUGCCCUCCUCCCUGCCAGCAGCAGUGCCCGCCCAAGAGGAAGUAACAGUGCCUGAUGCUGGCAGCACUAUGAAACAAGUAGCUUGAGCAAUCCUAUGGAUAUCUGAGCUUCCAGCCAUUGCCUCUGAAUCUCCAUGCUUCUCUGCCUUUGUUCUCCCCUGAAAGGAAAGUCAAGGAGAAGGCUUUUUAGAGUUGUAGUCACUUCAGGAACGUGACCUCUGCCUCACUCCCAUCUUCCACCCCCAUCAUCCCACUCCUGGGAUGAGAGACUACAGAGAAAGUACCAACCUACUCUACUCCAGGCUUCCUGGAACCUCAAUCGAAGGACAAUCCUGAGAGACCAGACUCCUUGGCCCCCUGCCACUUCAUGAGCCCUCCUCUGUGCUGCAACCUGGGUGGUGAUUUCCAUUCCCUGAGCCCUUGUAACUCUCCUCCCACUGACUCAAAUAAAGCGUAUGUUUCAUGGUGA